AUGUUGUCUAGAUUGAUCGACCGUUCCAAGCAACCAGAUGAAGAUUACAUCGUAGCAGCGAUUUCCUUGGAAGAAGAUUUGGUAAGCAUAAUCCAGGACACUAUCGAUCAGGUACCAGUCUCAUUUGCAGCCAUUCAAAGAGAGACAAAAGCAGAUAAAGCACUACAAGCGGUGCUAAAGUUCAUUCGUGAGGGUUGGCCAAACGAUGCAAGGUCAAUCACAAAUCCAGAUGUCCGCUCAUACUUUAGCAGGCGGGAAUCCCUCACCAAUGUCGAUGGAUGUAUAUUGUUUCACGAUAGGGUUGUCGUUCCGAGCAAAUUUCGAGGGCAGAUUUUGAAGCAAUUUCAUCGUGGACAUCCCGGCAUGGUACGCAUGAAGUCAAUUGCACGUAGUUUCGUUUAUUGGCCGGGAAUCGAUAACGACAUCGAGGAUUGCGUCCGGCGCUGCACACCAUGCUGCACUGUUGGAAAAUCACCUGUAAAAACAACGCUUGAAUCAUGGCCAGUCCCGAACCAGCCAUGGUCACGCAUCCAUGUGGACUAUGCAGGACCAGUGGAUGGCGUAGUUUUUCUGGUGGUAGUCGACCCGUACACCAAGUGGCCUGAAGUGUACGCAACAAAAACUACUACGACCAAAACAACAAUAAAACUACUCACUCAAUCAUUUUCAACCUUUGGAUUACCAGAAACCAUCGUUUCGGAUAAUGGGACCCAGUUCACCAGUCAUGAGUUCAAAGCAUUCUGUGAAAGGCUUGGCAUCCGCCACGUUCGCACUGCACCGUUCCACCCACAGUCAAAUGGAUUGGCGGAACGAUUCGUGGACACCCUUAAGCGCACCCUUCGAAAAAUUCGUUCGGGGGGAGAAACAUUGGAGGAAGCACUACAGACGUUUUUGCAAGUUUAUCGAUCAACUCCAAACACUGGUCUCGGUGAAAAAUCUCCUGCCGAAGUGAUGUUUAGACGACGGAUCCGUACAGUUUCAUCGAUGAUACUACCACCAAACCAUUCAACAACAGAUCUACAAUCUCAAUUGAAAAGGCAAAACGAGCGUUUUAACAAGAAACACGGAGCAGUUGCAAGGCAAUUUUUAACCGGUGAUAAAGUUUAUGCUCAAGUUCACCAAGGAAAUUCUUGGCAGUGGCAGGCCGCCACGAUAAUCGAGCGCAUUGGAAAGGUGAAUUAUAACGUGCUCCUAGAAGAUAAGCAACGGCUCAUUCGUUCGCACAGCAAUCAACUCAAGCAUCGUGCGGUCGAAUCUGUUCCUGAUCCUGUUCUAAAUCAACGUAUAAGUCCUCUAUCAAUAUUCUUCGACGGAUUUGGAUUAGAUGUAUCUUCGCCGGUACUGCCAACAAUUGCAGAGAAUCCGUUGCCCGCAGACGCUGAUCCGCCUAUCCUUGAAAUAGGAUCAGACGAGUCCGAAUAUUUUUCAGAAAGUAGCGAUGAAGAACAACCUCAACAACAUCCUGUAUCAGUUCCGACUCCUGUAAGGGAACUACGGCAGAUCCGGGUACCAGCUAGGUUCAAACCAUAUUGGAUGGCUUAA